UUUUCAGUCUUGGGAGAGAGGCAGAGUGGAAGUGAGGAGCAGAAGUGGUUCAGGUGUGUAUCUACAUGUAGAAUCAUCUUCAUUGUUGCAGUUCAAUAUUAUUAUCUAUUCGACAUUUUGUAAUACCGGAUUGGAUUGGACGGACGCAAUUUUUGCGAAUCUAUGUAUCGUGAAACGGUGGUGGUUGCUGUUUGAGUGAUAAGAUUUUUGCAAAUUUCGAUCAAAUAUUCGUUCAAAUUUCGAUCGAUAAUAAUAAUUUUUCGUGUGACGCCUAUGCAUUAAACGCAAUUAAGCCGGGAUCUAAAUAUUAUGGGAAUUGAGACCUAUUUACAUAUUAAGAGAAUAAAUAUUAAGUGAGACAAGUUCAUUUUGUGUUGUGUGAUUGACCGCUUUAUUAUUAUUGUGAAGAAGGGUUUCAUAAAUACGUAACAAUGAGGAUUUGAUCUUCUGAUCCCUGAAAGGUUUCGGGACAAAAAAGUUGGUUCAGUUGUGUGAAUCAGGUACAAUUACAUAUGUCAGAUGAUGUAUUGUGCAUCUCUAGAUUUGUGCACCGUAUAAUUAUUAAUUAAUUGCAAUUAAAAUGCCAAACAAAUAUAGUGUUCUUCAAUGAUAUUGUCUACUUAGUUGGACAUAAGUGUACUUACAAACUUCUUAAUUUGUGCGAAUUUGUUGUGCAAAUCUUAUUAAUUUAGUGUGUGAUCUUUUAAAAACGUGCUAUUUUUGUGAGGUGAUAAAAACGAACGGAUUGGAUUUCAAGGUACGACUCCACUCCACCAAGGAAAGCGGAACUUUACAUGUGAAAUUGUGUGUUGGUGUCAAGUUAACAAGUGUGAAACCCAUAAAAAUCUCGUCGUCUAUUUGGAGGAAUAAGAAGACGACAUGAAAAGAAAGUGAGACGACGACGACAAUAGCGGAUCGUAAAAUUCAGGAGCAAUGCAUGGAUCAAAUAAGAUGCGGGGUCGUCCUUGUCGUCAUAUAAUUUCGCCUAAUUCGGCUCAAAGCUGGUGUAUGUAAAGCUCAUUGAACCAAAUCGUUCGUGCUACAAGACGACUACUGUCCUGUGCAUCUCUUGAGAGAAGAAGAAUAAGUACUCAAUCCGGAUAAAAGAAAUCUCUCAAAAUGGUCAUUGUCACGAGAGGCGAUUACAUUUGGAUUGAGCCAGUGUCGAACCGGGAAUUCGAUGUCGCCAUCGGCGCAAAAGUUGUCUCUGCGGAAGGUCGGAGAAUUCAAGUUCGCGAUGAUGAUGGGAAGGAAGUAUGGCUUACUCCAGAGCGUCGUAUCAAAGCGAUGCACCCAACAUCCAUUCAAGGAGUGGAAGACAUGAUCUCUCUUGGCGACCUGCACGAAGCUGGGAUUCUACGCAAUCUUCUCAUCAGAUACAAUGAAAAUUUGAUAUACACCUACACUGGAUCAAUUUUAGUGGCCGUAAAUCCAUAUCAAAUUCUUCCCAUAUAUGCAGCAGAACAAAUCAAGUUAUACAAAGAUAAGAAAAUUGGAGAAUUGCCACCGCACAUUUUUUCCAUUGGUGAUAAUUCUUACGGGAAUAUGAAGCGGUAUGGACAAGACCAAUGUAUCGUUAUCAGCGGAGAAAGUGGGGCUGGGAAGACGGAAAGUACGAAACUGAUUUUGCAGUAUUUGGCCGCUAUAAGUGGGAAGCAUAGCUGGAUUGAGCAACAAAUUUUAGAAGCCAAUCCGAUCCUUGAAGCAUUCGGGAACGCCAAGACAAUUCGAAACGAUAAUUCGUCCCGUUUCGGGAAAUAUAUUGAUAUCCAUUUUAACAAAACUGGAGUCAUUGAAGGGGCCAAGAUUGAGCAGUAUUUGCUCGAAAAGUCUCGAAUCGUGUCACAAAACUCGGACGAGAGAAAUUACCAUAUAUUCUACUGCAUGUUGGCCGGAUUGAAUAAGGAGGAGAAGGCAAAGUUACAGCUGGGCGAACCCAACGCGUACCGAUACUUGACGGGGGGUGGAUGCAUCACGUGCGAGGGGAGAGAUGACGCCGCAGAAUUUGCAGAUAUUCGGUCCGCCAUGAAAGUCCUCAUGUUUUCGGAUGGAGAAAUCUGGGAAGUGCUUAAAAUCCUGGCAGCACUUCUUCAUUUAGGAAAUAUCAAAACUAAGGCUGCUGUGAUAAAUAACCUCGACGCAACUGAAAUAUCUGACAUGGUUAACGUUGACCUAGCAGCUACUUUACUUGGAGUCAAUCGGAAAUCUCUGAUUGAAGCUCUCACAAGCAAAACGAUUUUUGCACAUGGAGAAACCGUGGUUUCGACCAUGUCCAGAGAACAAGCGACUGAUGUUCGAGAUGCCUUCGCCAAAGGGAUCUACGGUCGAAUGUUUAUCUGGAUUGUGAGCAAAAUAAACUCUGCCAUUUUCCACCCGAAAGCUGGUUCUCACUCGUCCAUCGGAGUCUUGGACAUUUUCGGUUUCGAAAACUUUGACAAUAAUUCGUUCGAGCAAUUCUGUAUCAACUAUGCUAACGAAAAUCUUCAGCAGUUCUUUGUUCGUCAUAUUUUCAAGUUGGAACAAGAGGAGUACAACUUGGAAGGAAUUUCUUGGAAACAUAUUGAGUUUAUCGAUAAUCAAGAAGCCCUGGAUCUCAUUGCUAUAAAACCAUUGAACAUCAUGAGCUUAGUUGAUGAAGAGUCCAAAUUUCCCAAAGGCACUGAUACCACCAUGUUGGCCAAGCUGCACAAGACCCAUUCCGUUAACAAGAACUAUCUUAAACCUAAAUCUGACAUAAACGCCUCUUUCGGCUUUAACCAUUUUGCCGGCGUGGUUUUCUACGACGUUCGUGGUUUCCUGGAGAAGAAUAGGGACACAUUUAGCGCCGAUUUGCUCGGUCUUAUCGAAAUUUCGAACAAUAAAUUUAUUCAGAUGUUAUUCCAUGAUGAUAUCGCGAUGGGGAACGAUACGAGAAAAAGGGCCCCCACGCUUUCAUCCCAAUUUAAGAAAUCGCUCGAUUCUCUUAUGAAAACGCUGAGCAACUGUGCCCCCUUCUUUGUUCGAUGUAUCAAGCCAAACGAGCUAAAGAAACCGAUGGUGUUUGAUCGUGAACUUUGUUGCAGACAGCUACGAUAUUCUGGUAUGAUGGAGACGAUUCGAAUUCGUAGAGCAGGUUAUCCUAUUCGACACACCUUCCGAGAAUUUGUGGAGCGGUAUAGAUUUUUAAUUAGCGGAGUGCCCCCCGCCCACAAGACGGACUGCCGAGCAGCGUCCUCCCGAAUUUGUCAGGCCGUCUUGGGAAAAUCAGAUUAUCAAUUGGGCAAAACCAAGGUGUUCCUGAAAGAUGCGCACGAUCUUUUCUUGGAACAAGAGCGAGACAGAGUCCUCACAAAGAAGAUCCUUAUUCUGCAGAGGAACAUUAAGGGUUGGUAUUACAGAAGGAGAUUCCUAAAAAUGAGAGCAGCUUCGGUCAUAAUUCAAAGAAAUGUGAGAGGUUACCUGCAGAAGAAGAGGUAUCAAAAGAUGCGGACUGGUUGGAUGAGGUUGCAAGCCUUGAUCCGCUCGAGGGUUCUGGCCCAUCGAUUCAAGCACUUGCGCGGUCACGUGGUCGGGCUUCAAGCCGUCUGUCGAGGUUACCUGGUUCGUCGACAAGUCCGAAGAAAGCGCUGGGCUGCGCUAAAAAUUCAGUCGCACAUCCGCCGAAUGAUCGCCCAGAGACAAUACAAACGAAUGAAGUUUGAACACCGGGGAAAACUUGAGGCCCUCAGGUUACGUGACCAAGAAGAAAAAGAACUGAAAAAGCAAGGGAACAAACGUUACAAGGAAAUUGCAGAGAAAAAUUACAGAGAAAGAUUGAUGGCACUGCAACGAAAAGAAAUUGAGAUUGACCGUGAAGACAGAUUAAUUAUUGACACGAAAAAGAUGGCGAUUGAAAAUGCGGCACGAAAACAAGAUGAACCUGUGGAUGACUCAAAAUUAGUUGAAGCCAUGUUUGACUUUCUUCCUGAUAAUGCAUCCGAAGCAGCUCCCCCGAGUGCGUUUCGAGACCUGCCAAACCCUCCCAAAGCGGAUGAAGACAUUUACUCAGCGCCCGAAAUCCCCCGAGAUAUGGAAGAUUUGUCAGAGUUCAAGUUUCAAAAGUUUGCAGCAACUUAUUUUACGGGAAAUACGAAUCAUCAAUAUUCCCGAAGACCUUUGAAGGCGUCUCUUCUACCACUUGUCACACCUGCGGAUCAACUGGCAGCCCAAGCUUUGUGGAUUACCGUGUUACGAUUCAUGGGAGAUUUGCCUGAACCACGAUACCAUUCCAUGGAAAGGGACACAACCUCCGUAAUGUCUAAAGUCACGGCGACACUUGGCAGAAAUUUUGCACGGUCCAAGGAAUUUCAAGAUUUGGGCCUAGAAAAUGUGGACGGCUAUAACAUUAAGCAGAAGCCACGAUCUAUCCGCCACAAGUUAGUAUCGCUAACAUUGAAAAGGAAGAAUAAGCUUGGGGAGGAUGUACGCCGAAGGCUUGAAGGGGACGAUAUUGCAGCGGAUUCUUAUCAAUCCUGGUUGGAAUCACGGCCGACUUCCAAUUUGGAAAAACUCCAUUUCAUAAUUGGUCACGGGAUUUUGCGGGCGGAACUGAGAGAUGAAAUAUAUUGUCAAAUUUGCAAACAACUUACAAAUAACCCAUCAAAGUCGUCCCAUGCAAGAGGAUGGAUUCUACUUUCGCUUUGCGUUGGAUGCUUUGCACCCUCGGAAAGCAAAGGAUUUGUCAAAUUUUUAAGAGCGUUUAUUCGAGAAGGGCCUCCGGGUUACGCCCCGUAUUGUGAGGAACGUCUUAAACGUACGUUUAACAAUGGGACAAGAAAUCAGCCUCCGAGUUGGCUUGAGUUACAGGCAACAAAAUCCAAAAAACCCAUCAUUUUGCCAAUUACCUUUAUGGACGGCAACACGAAAAAUCUCCUGGCUGAUUCUGCAACAACGUCGAGUGAACUAUGCAAUCAACUAGCAGACAAAAUUUCUUUAAAGGACCAAUUUGGCUUCAGUUUAUACAUUGCGUUGUUUGAUAAGGUUUCAUCACUUGGGAGCGGAAAUGAACACGUUAUGGAUGCCAUUUCACAAUGUGAACAGUAUGCUAAAGAACAAGGAGCUCAGGAGAGAAAUGCUCCUUGGAGGUUGUUUUUCCGUAAAGAAAUCUUUUCGCCGUGGCACGACCCCUCUGAAGAUGCAGUGGCCACGAAUCUAAUCUAUCAACAGGUCGUGAGAGGCAUAAAGUUUGGGGAAUAUAGGUGUGACAAGGAAGAGGACUUGGGAAUGAUUGCGGCACAACAAUAUUACGUCGAACAUGGAACGGAACUUGUCUCUGAUAAAUUGAACGCCGCAAUUACCAGUUACAUUCCAGACUUCAGUCUAAAUGCUUCAGAAAAAUCGGUGGAAAAAUGGGUGCAAAUUGUGACUGCGGCUUUUAGACGGACGGGGUUAAAUAAAGAUCGAAUGGAUCUCCUCCGCGUUAAGGAGGACAUCGUCGCCUAUGCAAAGUUCAAAUGGCCAUUACUCUUCUCAAGAUUUUAUGAAGCGUUUCGAUAUUCUGGUCCAAAUCUACCAAAGAACGAUGUCAUAUUGGCGAUAAAUUGGACCGGGAUUUACGUAGUUGAUGACCAAGAACAAGUUUUAUUGGAACUAUCGUUUCCGGAAAUCACAAAUAUUAGUACAGAAAAGACGGAUAAGAUUUUUGGAACCACUUUCACCCUUUCCACGAUACGAACGGGGGAAGAGUUUACCUUCCAAAGUCCAAAUUCCGAAGACAUUAAGGAUUUAGUUGAUUUUUUCUUGGACGGUCUGAAAAGGCGAUCCAACUUUGUAAUUGCAAUGCAAGACUAUAAGCCACCAAAUGAAGGAUCCAGUUUCUUAAGUUUCUUGAAGGGCGACUUAAUAAUUUUGGAGGAUGAUAACUGUGGCGAAACUGUUCUCAGUUCUGGAUGGAGUGUUGGAAGAUGUGAACGUUCCGGAGAAAAGGGAGAUUUCCCCUCAGAAACGGUUUAUGUUCUCCCCACAGCUACAAAACCGCCUCCCGACAUUCUCGAACUAUUUAAGACGGAAGACGGUGGGAAAAGAUUUGCUUACUCUUAUGCCAACGGGGUCGACACUUUAAAAGAGAAACCACACACGCUUGAAGAGUAUUCAAUUGAACAUUUCCGACCAGCUCCGAAGCGCACAAUCUCCAAAACGCUUACACUUUCCUCUGCCCGACGCGCUGGACGAGACGAGCUGUGGCGUCACUCUAGAGAACCGAUUCGUCAACCACUACUAAAAAAGUUACAAAAUAAGGAGGGGCUCGUGGAGGAUGCCAAUUUCAUUUUUACCUCCAUCAUGAAGUACAUGGGAGACAUUCCGCAUAAACGUUCGAAAAUUGGGAAUGAGCUAACCGAUCAAAUUUUCGACCCCCCGUUAAAACAAGAAAUUCUCCGGGAUGAAGUUUACUGCCAGGCGAUGAAGCAGUUGACGGAUAAUAGAAACAAGUUUAGUGAAGAGAGAGGAUGGGAAUUAAUGUGGCUAGCGACAGGGCUUUUUGCAUGUUCUCAAACGUUGAUGAAAGAGUUGACGCAAUUCUUAAGGACACGACGCCACCCGAUCGCACAAGAUUGUUUACAGAGAUUGCAAAAAACUAUGAAAGUUGGUCAAAGAAAAUAUCCACCGCAUCAAGUCGAAGUGGAAGCAAUUCAACACAAGACUACACAGAUUUUCCAUAAAGUCUACUUUCCUGACGAUACCGACGAAGCUUUCGAAGUGGACAGCAGCACGAGGGCGAAAGAAUUUUGUGCAAAUAUUGCGGAACGAUUGACCCUCCGGUCUCCGGAAGGUUUCAGCUUGUUUGUCAAAAUUGCAGAUAAAGUAAUUUCCGUUCCCGAGGGGGAUUUCUUCUUUGACUUUGUAAGACAUUUAACCGACUGGAUAAAAAGGGCGAGACCUUCGAGAGAUGGAACGAUACCUCAAUUUACAUAUCAAGUAUUUUUCAUGCGAAAAUUGUGGAGCAAUACGGUUCCAGGGAAAGAUAAGAUGGCAGAUUGGAUAUUUCACUAUCACCAAGAACUACCCAAGUACCUCAGAGGCUACCACAAAUGUACGAAAGAGGAGGCAUCAAAACUAGGUGCUCUCAUUUAUCGUGUCAGAUUUGCAGAGAGCAAACAAGAGCUGCAACAAAUACCGCAAAUGCUUCGAGAGUUGAUUCCUGCAGAUUUAGCAAAGCUCCAAAGCACAAAUGACUGGAAAAGGUCAAUUGUUGGUGCAUACAAUCAAGAUGCAGGCAUGAACUCGAACGAUGCAAAAGUCAAUUUCUUGAAAAUUAUUUACCGAUGGCCAACAUUCGGAUCGGCAUUUUUCGAAGUUAAGCAAACUACGGACCCUAGUUAUCCCGAAUUACUACUUAUCGCAAUAAAUAAACAGGGUGUAAGCUUAAUUCAUCCGCAAACAAAGGAAUUACUGGUCACUCAUCCCUUCACCAAAAUUUCGAAUUGGUCAUCAGGAAAUACGUACUUUCACAUGACGAUCGGAAACCUGGUCCGAGGUUCAAAACUCUUAUGCGAAACUUCCCUCGGAUACAAGAUGGAUGACCUUCUCACCAGCUAUAUUUCAUUAAUGCUUACCAACAUGAACAAACAGCGUACUCUACGAGUCAAGUAGUUUAUGAAUAAUUAUUAAUUUAAGUAGUUGAAUCGUAAAACUUGUUACGUACGUAGUUUCGAAAGUAAAUUAAAUUUAUUAUCUAUACAUUUCUAAAUCCAUCAUGAUUGAUUUUAGAUUUGUCGUCGUUUCACAAAAUACUUAUCAUGUUUUCACAUUCUUCGUGGGUUUUUAAUAGCUAAUUUUAUAGUAGGACAUUGCGUUACAUAGAUAUUGUUUGUGCUGUGUUACGUUAUAUAUUUACGUAGAAAUGUGUAACGUAGUAAAUUCGUACUGCGCUAAAUUAUUGGAAAAACAGUGUUAAGAAGAUGUUUUUUAAGCGAGAUGAGACAUUGCAAAAUAAACGGUAUAAUAAAUCCUAUAAAUGAAAAAAUU